UGUACAUUAUUCAAUCAUAUCCGUUUCAUAUUCAUGAAAUAUAUCAUUUUUUUAUAAUUAUUAAGAAUAUCUUUAUUAUGGGUUUAUCUUACUUUCUUUAUAUUAUUUGUACACAUGAUAAGCUCGGACUAGAUUUUAAGAUUAUAUUUCGAGGAAUACGCUGCUGUCAAUUAGCAUUGAUAAAUUACUCUUGACGUAAUAAUUCUUUUGAUUAUCCCGAUGGUAAUACCAAUUGCGUCAAUUGGUAAAAUAUCAGAUGAACAGCAAUUGCCUGUAGCAUGUACUCCAAUAUAUAAUUUAGUAAUAUUUAAUCAUAACAUGUAUUAGUAAAAUAAUUCAUAGGUAGAGGAAGAAAUUUUCUCUUUUUCAUAUAAGAAAACUAAAUCGAUUGUAAUUAUAUCAUGAAAACUUCAACAUUAAAUACGUGUAUACUUUGUUAAAGGAACACGUACAAUUGUACGCAGACCCUAUAUAGUGGGUCGAAAUACCAUGUCGAGUCCAAUUAGGUAUCGGAUCAUGAAAGAUUAAAACAUCGUUAAUCAUGUCAGCCAUCAACAUCUGCCAUACGAAUGUUGCGAAGCGUAUUAUUUAUCGCUGUUUUGAGGAAACGUGCAGGGGACGAUAAAAACUAGGAACUCGUUAAAUAUUCGCUAAAUAUUUGUUUUUGCUCGCAAUGCCAUUAGCGUACAUGUAAAACCGAUUGGGGGGAGCCGGUCAAGGUAUUCCAAGGUAUUUGUAUAUAACGAUCGAUAAUCGGUACAUCCGCGUGAUGGACUUUUGUACGCGUAUCUUUAUCUAAUUUCGUUCCACUCGACAACCGAGGAAGAUAAAAGCCCUGCGGGUAAAGUUAGCGGAAAGGAGUGAGGGAGUCUAAUCGACGGAAUUUGUCAUAAAUGCCGUUAUCGUGGUAAAACCAGCAGUUUACCUUAUUUCGUUCGGGUGAUCGCAUCGUUAAUAGCCGGCUUUGACAAGUCGCGGGAGCGUUUCGUCGACUCUGCGCGGAAUUUACGAGGAUGAGCAACAGUAUCGCGGUGACGAUAGUUGUCAUUCUUGCGCUUGCACCAUCUGAUAAUGCUGCUAAUCUAGGAUUUACGCGACUCCUCAACGUGAGUGGUGCCGUGUAUCCUCUAGUAGAUGGAAACUCGUUCGUAGCUUCGGUUUCCGGAAAAUUGCCAAAGAACAUCUCGCAGCUGGCCGAUCCCGACGUAGCUAGCAUUAUCUAUGAGACAUUGGAGAAUGGCACUACGGAGGUCACGACCUCCGCAUUGGAGGAUGACAGUAAGAGCGCACCGAAAAACUGCUCGCCACGCUCGAUCGAGGAGUUUCCGGAGGUGUUCACGUUCGAGGAGCGUCGUCAUGGCGCAGUGGUACUUCACGCCUUCUUCGGGCUGUAUUGCUUCAUCCUGACGGCAUUCGUCUGCAACGAUUAUCUGCUGCCGGCGCUCGACAUUAUUUGCGCACGUCUGAAGAUCAGCAGUGACGUGGCCGGGGCGACUUUCCUCGCCACCGCGAGCUGCUUCCCCGAGCUGUUCGUGAACGUCGUCGGGACCUUCCUGACCGAGUCCGACCUUGGUGUUGGUACCGUGAUGGGUGGAGCGGUCUUUAACACGUUCGCAACCCCUGCGUGCGGCGCGUUAUCGGCGAUUCACGCAAUACCAUUAGAAUGGCGAAUAUUAACUCGGGAUAGUAUAAUUUACGUGAUAUCAGUCGUCGUGUUGGUGAUCGUAAUGUGGGAUGGCUACAUUGUAUUAUACGAAGCGAUCAUACUUAUGGUAUUGUUCGCUAGUUACUUGAUGAUAUUAUUUUGCGGCAAAUGGUUUGCACGUUGGUAUAAUAAGCUUACGCACUUGUGCACUGGCAACCACAAUACCGUCUUUGCCAAAACUGAAACUCCUAAACACAAGGAAGAAAAUCAAUCAAUGCCUGACGGUCUGUACAGGCCGUAUUUCCAUGGUGAACUCGUGGCGGAAUACAGAAAAAGCCUAAGGAGCAAUGGCUCUCGGAAGCCUAUGCCUUCUGCUAAUGGCGUAGAAGCGCAGAAGCAGGUGGAGCAAGCGGACGAAGAGUACACCGAACCAGAUACACCCUUUGUGUGGCCGAGCGGCAAUACACUAGCGAAAAUCUGGUUCUGCUUCGUUUGGCCGUUAAAACUAAUCUUGUUCGUUACCAUACCGGACAGCAGGUAUAAACGGUGGAGGAACUGGUACCUUUUGACGUUCGUCAUGUGCGUCAUCUGGAUCGCGAUAUCUUCCUAUCUGUCGUCAUGGAUGACGACUGUCAUCGGCGAUACCAUCGGGAUCCCGGAUUCCGUGAUGGGUAUCACGUUCCUAGCCGCCGGUGGCAACAUGCCGGAACUCGUGUCAAUCGUGAUCCUUUCCAGACAAGGUAACGGAGACAUGGCAAUGAGCAAUACAUUAGGUGCGAACACGCUUGAUAUCCUACUGUGCCUCGGUUUACCGUGGUUGAUAAAAAUCAUCAAGGACAAGGAGGAUAUCAAAAUCGUGUCGGGCGCCCUGCGUUAUAGCGUGCUCUCGAUCGUCGUGUGCGUUAUUGCGUUUUACUCGGUGACCGCGUUGUGUAAAUAUCGAUUGAACAAGAAAGUCGGUGUUAUUUGCCUGAUAUUAUACGUGAUAUUCCUAGUAUUUGCUCUGUUAUUCGAGUUGAACGUUUUCUACAGGGUAAACUUACCUAUGUGCUAAUCUCUUGCACUGUUAUUUACAGUGAUUUUUGCUGUUUACUUGAAUGCGUCGAUGCAAGGAGAAGUCAGGAUUAAAUCAAAAUUAUUUUAUCAAUUUGAAGAAUACAUUUAAAAUAUUGACAUAAUAGUUAAAACAAUUCCUACGCUCAUUGGAUCGUAUGUGUUUUCUUUGUACUGUUACACGCGAGCAAGACACUUUUGUCAGAUCGCGAAAUAUUGUCAUCCAGAUAUCCUUUCUUUUAUUGAUCAUAGAUAUUAUGCAUAUUUCUAUCGAUUUUUCAAUUAUUCCGAUGAAGGAUGCUCUUUUUUACUUAAAUAGGUUUUAUAAUAAAAUUGUUUCCUCUAUUUAAAAAAAUGACAUAUUAAAAAGACUGUUAUUUUACCUUCCAUUUCAUGUUUUUUAUAACGGACCCUACGUAAAAAAGGACUUAUAAAUUUGAUUUCAACAUAAAUUUCGAUAUAAAUUGAACUUCGUACAUUAAAUAACUUUGAAUUGAAAGAAUCAUGAACUGAACAAAAUACAUUAACACAUUUUUCGGUUUCCAAUGAAAAUAACAGCAUUCUAGAUUAGCUUUUGUAGCUUUUAUUAUAAAAAUUAUUAUAUAAUUUAUACAUUAUAUUAUAUGUAUGUGUUAUAAUACCGUAAAUCAUGAAGACGCAAACGUGUGUUUUUGAAAUGUCUAUUUUUGGGGAGGGCCAAUCAAUUGCGAUAUAGUACAAUCGUUCGCAUCUUUCUUUUUAAAUUAAAUUUUAUAUUGUUCAAUUAUAUUUGAAAGUAAAUCCAUUUAUUACUAUUACUGCUUUACGGAAAUGUAAUGUUUAUUGAAGUGUAAUCUCGGAGGAAAGUAUCGUGCUGAAAAUUGCAAAUGAAAUGCAAAUUUCGAUAUCGCAAAAAUUGCCCAUCCCAAACUCUGAUGUAUUAUAGUAUAAAUCGGUCUCAACCGUGACCGUUUUAUAUUUACAAACGGACGGCAUGACAUUCCUUUUUUGAUGUCGAUUUUUUCCGUAUUUUAUGAGCACGAAGCAAUGGACAUUACGUCAAAUUAUGCGUACCGCUCUUCUCUUUAGGUACCGCAACGAAGCAACUUAGAGGGAGUCCAGCUCUGUUUUUCAAGUAUUUAUUUUACAUAUGAAUGUUACGUGCUUCAAAUGCGUACAUUAUAUAUUGUAGUUAUUAUUAUUGAAUAUAUUUUCGA